AUGGAGGCCGUCGCGCGCGAGGACCCGCUGGGACAAACUCCUGCAGGCCAAGGCAGUGUGGAGAAAACGCAAGCGCCCCUAUCACCCCAUUAUAAAAAAACCUCUCCACCCCACAAUAGAGGACAGACUGUACAAGAGAGUCACGAUCGCGGUAAAACCGUCGAUCGCGUGACACGAUAGUGAGUCUGAAGGACAGGGACCCUGAGGUAGAGUGACAGGCCCCUAGUAGGGGGGACAGAAACCCAGGUGAGGAGAGAAGGGUCAAAAAGGAAUUAGCUUUGCAGAUAUAAGAAAAAGCCUAAGGAAAACACUGACAGCUAUAACAUGAAAAACCCAAAUUAGGUAAUAAACAAAUAAAUCAAUAAAUGCUGUAAAGUCUAACAGCAGGAAUAAGUACUCUGACCUGUAUCCUGCUGGAGCAGAAAAGAAAGAGAAAGUGUGUGGGCAGACCUAGACUUGUAUACUCUAUGUUUCUUCUUUUUGAUUGGUUAAUACUUUGCUGCUGGAGUAAAAGUAAAACAGUUAAUGCAAAAUAGGAAGCCUCCUGUCAUGUGGUAAAAUUGCUGUUAAUGCAAUCACUUAUUCUGCUUACCAGGCAAAAGAUUGUUGGUAGCAAACAGUUCCACCGUGAAGAAGCACUGAACCGGGAAGAUCCAGGUCCCAAAGGCAGCCGAGCCCAAGAAGGACUACCGAUCUACGGUCGGUCUGGAACUGGCUCUGAGGAGAGCGGGUCGGUUGUCAUGGUAACUGGGGAACAGAAAAGCUUUAUGAUUUGAGUUAUUAGGACCUAUAAUUCCAUUAGUUUGUGGGUGAUAGGCUGACAAAAAGGAUAAUGUGAUUCCAAUUUCAGCAUGGAAUCCCCCCAAAAAUGUAGAUUGAAAUUGUUAACCCCUGUUUGAUACAAUAACCUGUAUCAGGAAUUGCGUACAGCCGGAAUACUUCCCGGGCAUAUAUCUUGGCCAGGUCAGCGGAUUAUGGUAAUUUGAGUAAGGGUACCAAAUGAGCCAUCUUACUGUAAUAUAUUCACCCUUAUCUUGCGACAUCAAUAAUGAUUGCCUUGCCAACAAGUGCGGAAGUGCUGUUCAGCGGCCAUGCUUUAAUAUGUCUGACCCCUGCAGCAUGUUAAUGGACCCCGGCCGCUGCGAAUCUACAUCAAUUAGUAGCCCCACGGCAUGGACGAUGUCGACGUGUGCGUGACGUCAUGCAAAAGACACACUGUUGUUGAAAAUCCCUCCCUUGCAUGGGAGCAUGCUAUAUAAGGCACUGUGGAAUAAAGGUUGUGAGUUCUGCUCCUGAAACUGUGUGUCGUCCAGUUAUUGGGAUUGCCUUUGGGAUACUGCUGUGUUAUUUUGCCUGCUGGAAACCUUGCCUGUGGAUUUACUUGUUCCUGAGCCUCACUUGGAUUAUAAGCGGAGAUAGCCUGGGGAAUAUUGUAUCUCCGCUAUAUCGGGUAUCGGGAUUGGGAAACAUUUCUUGAUGAGUUUGAAAAGGCCCACUUACAUAUUAAAUCAUAAGAUAAUUUCUAAUCAGUUUGCAAUUCUAACAAUAAUCCUAAUCACGACCUUUCGUCCUAUGCCUCCUAAUCAAAUCCCUAUUUAGAUGGUCCAGUCAUAUCCACACUUAAUACAUGGGAAUCCAUCCUUGGUACACUCAACAUACAUCAAUGACACACAUAGUACAUCCAUGCCUGAGUAAGCUAACACUUCCUCUCUCUCCGGCUAACUCACCAAAAAUAAAAACAACAAAAUAGUUCAAUAGUCCAGCAUAGUCCAGAAAAAUAUAAGUCUUUCAAGUCUGUCAAGGAGUAUAAAGAAUCUUAGACACCAUAAACUUUGUUCCAUAAUCUUAGACACCAUCGCUAAGACUCGAACAACACCAAUGUACCCCAUAUCUGGCAGGUCCUACACUGCCUAAUGUAUGCUAAAACAACCACACUAUACCACAAUAGCACUUACCUGCAAGAAAGGGCAGAGACAUGAAACACUGCUGCAGGUCCAAGCUGAAACAAAAGGAAAGUGGAAAACAAACGGGUGUUGCAACAUAAAACAAACAUUUAAGUGAAUCCAAGAGACUGGGAAAUCCAGGGACAGAAUCUAAGAAUGAACCCAGAAACCCAGCAACAAAGAAAACCAGACAUAGACCAGAAAACCAGAAAAACCAAGCAAGGACAGCAAAAAAAAGAGUACUGGAUACCAGAAGCCAUUGCCAGAAUGAUCCGCAGCGAGGAACAGGAUGUGACAUAACUCCCCUCCUAAGGAGCGUACUCCGGACGCUCCCACCAGCUCCCAGGCAGAGACCGGGAAUGGCAAGCGGAUCCUGCAACGAAGUCCUCUUGACUUCCAUGGAGGCAAGGAUCCCGCACCGGAAAGACCUCCUGCAUAG